CUCUGUUGGGGUCCUCGACGUGGCAACCGUAAACAAAGAUGGCGUCUGCAUACAAAGUUUUGUCUUAACUUUGUAAUUUGGGGAAGAAACUUACUGUAUUACUUGUAUGACAAGUUCAUUCAACCGCGAAUGAGUAUUCGCCUUUUUCCAGAUACAUUUUUCUUUUAAAUGUUGCAGAAAUGGCGGGUUGGGCCGGGUUCUCUGCCGCGGAGCUGCAGAAGCUGCAGCAGAAAGACCAAGCGACACUCAUUGAUUCAGGUCGCGGACGCAAACCUUCACAUCCCAGCCGGAGCCGGCAGCAGCUGAACCGCGAGCGAGAGAGAGCUCUGCGGAUCGCUGCUCAGCAGGGCGCUGGGACCAGUCCCACCAGUCCGUCUGUCAUGCUGUCGGAACAGAGGCCCUCCAGUCCGUCUGUCCUGCUGGGAGGACAGAGGCCCUCCAGUCCGUCUGUCCUGCCGGCAGAACAGAGGCUCGCUAAGCCAGUGCCCACGGCUGUUCCUCCGACCAGAGCCACAGCCACAGUCCCUCCGGACGUUAAGUUGAAGCCCUCUGAGAAGCUGCCUGUUAAGGCAGAGGAGGCAGAGGCUGUUGUGAAGGAACUGGAGACCCAAGAGGUGGAAAUUCGAGAAAAAACCCGCAUUCAGCAGCUCCAAGAUGAGCAGAAAACGAUGGAAGAGAAGAAUAAACGUAAAAAGGCGUUGCUCACAAAAACAAUCGCAGAAAAGUCCAAGCAGACUCAGCAAGAAGCUGUGAAGCUGAAGAGGAUCCAGAAGGAGCUGCAGACGCUUGAUGACAUGGUCUCCAACGACAUUGGCAUCCUCAGGUGUAGGAUUGAACAGGCCAGCUGGGACUACAACGCUGCCAGGAAGCGCUACGAGAAGGCGGAGGCGGAGUACGUGGCGUCCAAGAUGGACCUCCACAGGAAGACGGACACCAAGGAGCAGCUCACGGAGCACCUCUGUGCCAUCAUCCAGCAGAACGAGCUGCGCAAGGCGGAGCGGCUGGAGGAGCUCAUGCUGCAGCUGCAGACCAGCGAGGAGGAGCUGGACGCCGCCCGGAGGCUGGUGGAGCAGGAGGAGCAGCAGGACGCCGCCCGGAGGCUGGUGGAGCAGCAGGAGCAGCAGGACACCGUCCGGAGGCUGGUGGAGCAGGAGGAGCAGGAGAAGGAGAACAAGAAGGCCGUGUCGAAGUCCGACGAAGAGAAAUUAGAGGCGGAGCAGAAGGGAGAGGAGGCGGAGCUGUGUUCGGACCCCGACCCGGAGUCUGCCGUGGUUCCGGGGUCAGACGGUACACCCCCCAGGACCCCGCCCCCGGUGCCGUGUGACCCGGCGGGGCCCCCCCGGGACGGCGUGGCGCUGGGGCCCCCACCUCAGAGCGGGGCGGUCGGGGCCGGGCUGUCGUAGCGCUGCAGGCCGAGGCCUGGAGACACGGGGUCGGUGGCGGGAUAUUAUCAAACACUACUGUGGGGGCUCCAGGGCAAAGGUCACGGGGAUAGACGGCAAACAUUGCUGGUUUAGGGAGGGACGGUGGCUGUUCUCUGGGGGGGGUUCAACAAGACGACAGAGCUAGUCCACAUUCCAUCCACAUUGUGCUUUGGGAUGGGUUGUUUUAUAUUUCAAUGUCUCCUUGACUACGUCCCGUCCAUUCAGUUUGCCUUCCAAACAGGAAUCAGGGCAGUUGUUGGUUAUUAAUAUGUGGGAUAUCGUCUCCGGAGGAAACGGUUAACCCAACGAGGACUGCUCUGAGUGCCCUACGGGGGGAGGGUUGGCUUCUGGGGGACGUCUGGUGCUCUGAAGAAGGAGGACAUUUUCAAUCUGUUUAUGUUCUGAACAUAAAGCCACGCGUUAUGCUGUAAAUCAUCCUAUUAGCGUGGGUCAGAGUAGGGUUUCCUAGAGCAAAUUGUACAUCAGCGGAGUUGAAGAACAUCAUCCACGGGCCUCCGAAACGGUAAGAAGAUAUCUCCAUAUGUAGGGGAUGGAGGGAUGCAUGCGGACCCUGGAAGCGGUGAAGCAGUCUGUGGGCCUCUGGGUACGUUUCCUGCACUCCGAGUAGAUGUUCAAAAUCAGUAGCCUAUAGCAAGUGGGUUUAAACAACAAACCCGCUGACUGCUUAGCAGGUUUGUGAUUUAAAUUCCAUGCAGAAAUGAAAUUGUAAUGCAUUAUUGUAUAAAAUAUUUAAGGGAACUGGUGCUUCAAUUUUUUAUUUUUUUUUAUAUUUAAAAAGAUAUAUGAAAAAUAAAUAUUCUAUGUAAAUGUAUGUAUGUGUUUUUGUUUAAGUGUGAAGCGAGUUAAUGCAGAUCAUUUCAGGUUAGAAGCGUUGUGGUCCAGAGAAAGAAUUCACCAAGAAGGCUUUCAAUCUCAUUGCCUUUUUCCAAAGUAAUUUUGAAGUGCAGUAAGUGUUGUGUAAACCGCUCUGGUCACAUGUGGCUGUCUGAACAAGAGCCCAUAAAGCUCUUUAAUUAGUGGGGGACCAGUGCUUUCACUGAUAUCCUGUGUGCAGCAAAACCAGAAUCUCCACUUAUUUGGUGGCUCUUCUUCGGUGGAUGUCUGCUUUGUAAUAACUUGAUGACUGACAAAUAUCUAAUUAUCAAAAUCUCUACAACAAAGUCUGUAAUCGUAGGUCCCUAGAGACAUUACCUUUUCGGCCCUAUCGAGUAUUUAGUCAUCAGGUUUUAUAAAAAAUCUGAGGCCGGCCUGUGAUUUAUGGGUCGAAGAGCCUGCAACUUGAGAACCAAACUGAGCAACUACUUCAAAUAAGAACCUUGAACAUCUGGUCAGUUCUAUGUUUUUAUUUAUAUAGGCUAGGCCUAUUUGAUCCUUGAUACAUGUUGUAUAAGGGUUAAUUCUAAAGAUUUUUUUUUAAUGAGUUGAUCACAUAAUCCUCCAUGAUAUUUAAUAAUAAAUUAACCAUUGACUUGAAAUUAAAUGCUAAAUAAACUAACACUAAAUGUUGAAUAUAAUAAAUAAAAGCAUGCACAUGUUUA